AUGUUCGGCCAUCGUUUGUUACCGUUGGUCCUAGCAGUCGCCCUAAUUUCGUUGGACCCGAUUGGGGCGGACAUCAGGAAAGACUGCCGCAGGGAGUCGAAGGUUUCAUGGGGUAAUCUAUCAAGCAUUCAAGAGUUCGGCAGACUGCGGUCCACAGUUCAUAGAUCAAAGAACGUUCCGUCUCUGUUUAACGUUUCAGCGUCGUUGAGGCGAAUGAAGUCCGGCAACUUCGAGCACGAAGACCCGAAGCUGAAGUGUUACGUGAAGUGUUUCAUGGUGAGACACGGCAUUCUGAACGACAAUGCGGAAAUAGACGUGCAGAGGGCUCUUAGGCACAUACCGAGAAGUUUGCAGGCCUCCUCGAAACAACUGUUCAACAAAUGCAAAUCAGUCCCCGCAACCGAUUCUUGUGACAAGGCCUAUCAGAUGGCCAAGUGUUACGUGAAAACUUACCCGGAGAUUCUGCAGACCGUGCCUUUGAUCUAGACAGUUUGAUCAGCAGUUGACUUACAUCUAAUAAAGUUCUUGAUGGGUUAAACUAGUAUAUGGAAGCCAUAUUUUAUAAUUUCUGAAUAUUUUGUAUAAUAACUUCAGAAGCCG